AUGCUGCAGACCGGCGAUCCCACCGGUACCGGGCGUGGAGGUGCUUCAAUCUAUGGCGAAAAGUUCGAAGAUGAGAUAGAUCCGGGGUUGAAGCAUACAGGGGCCGGGAUUUUGAGCAUGGCGAACAGUGGGAAGAAUACGAAUGGGAGUCAAUUCUUCAUUACUUUGGCGCCGACACCGUGGCUGGAUGGGAAGCAUACGAUUUUUGGGAGGGUAAAGAGUGGGUUGAGGGUUGUGCAGAGGAUGGGGCUUGUGAAGACGGGGCCGGAGGAUAGGCCGGUGGAUCAGGUCAAGAUUAUAAGAGCUAGGGUUGUUGAAGAGGGCGAAGAGGGUAUCUAG